GACGGUUUCCUGAGGACACUGCCCUUGCAAAGACGGUAUCCGGCGUUGAAGUAGUUUCGAGGUGGUGGAUUGGUACCGCUUCGCGCCGUGCAUAUCUCGCCGGGAAUUUCUUCGCAAGAACGGACGGACUUUGAGAUCACAGGAUGCAGGCUUUGCGGCAAGAGAUCUUGCCACCGAGCGGCGUGGAGUUUGCUGCCUGCUUGAAGCUGACUCCAUCCACGCUGCCUGACAGCAAGCUCCCUGGAUCAAGUGCUGGGUCGAGCCGGGUCCUCUUCAACGUCGUCGUCGCGCGGUCGAACCUCCUGCGCAUCUUCGAGGUCAGGGAGGAGCCGGCACCGUUCUCGUCGCAGAAGGAAGAUGAGCGCGACCGGCGGGCGAGCGUGCGGAAGGGCACGGAGGCGGUGGAGGGGGAGGUCGAGAUGGACGUGUCGGGGGAGGGCUUCGUGAACAUGGGCUCGGUCAAGUCGACCGCUCAAAAUGGCGCGGCUCAUCCGCUCACUGUGAACCGGUUUUACUUGGUGCGCGAACACCGCCUGCAUGGAAUAGUCACAGGCAUCGAGGGCGUCCGGAUCAUCACUUCUAUUGAAGACAGCCUUGACAGGCUUUUGGUCUCCUUCAAGGAUGCAAAAAUUGCUCUUCUAGAAUGGUCAGAAGCGGUGCAUGACCUCAUAACAGUCUCGAUACACACAUAUGAACGUGCGCCUCAGCUUCUUGCCAUAGAUGCUCCUCUAUCUCGCUCGAUCUUGCGAGCAGACCCGCUGUCUCGUUGUGCGGGUUUGUUACUUCCAAAAGACUCUAUUGCUAUCCUGCCUUUCUAUCAGUCGCAAGCUGAGCUCGAUAUCAUGGAACAGGAAACGAGUCAAGCAAGGGAUGUGCCUUAUUCGCCGAGUUUUAUCUUAGAUCUAUCUGCGGAAGUUGACGAGCGCAUUCGAAACGUGAUCGACUUCGUAUUCCUGCCUGGCUUCAACAAUCCAACGAUUGCCGUCUUGUACCAACACCCUCAGACAUGGACCGGGCGACUGAAAGAAUACAAGGAUACCGUUGGCCUGCUCAUAUUCACUCUCGACCUAGUGACGCGUCACUACCCCAUGAUUACCGCGGUUGAAGGACUUCCGUACGAUUGUUCCAUGAUUGCACCAUGUUCAACGGCUCUCGGCGGCGUGGUGAUCUUGGCAAGCAACAGCGUACUCUACGUCGAUCAGUCGUCGCGGCGAGUCAUUCUCCCCGUAAACGGCUGGCCAGAGCGGAUCAGCGAUAUGCCCAUGCCGUCGCUCUCUCAGCAGGAGCAAGAGCGCGAGUUGCUGCUCGAAGGCUCGCGCUUUGCAUUUGUAGACGACAAGACGCUGUACGUGAUCUUGAAGGACGGGACUGUCUAUCCGAUCGAGAUUAUUGUGGACGGGAAGACGGUAUCUCGGCUAUCCAUGGCUCCUGCUGUGGCACGCACCACGAUACCCUCGGUUGUCAGAAGAACGCAGGAUGACCAUCUCUUUAUAGGGAGCAUAGUCGGUCCUUCUGUGCUGCUAAAGACUGCACGGCUAGAGGAGGAAGUGGCAGAGGAGGAUGCGGAGAUGUCGUCCGUGCCGGCCACAGUAGUCGCUCCACAGGACACAAUGGAUCUGGAUGAUGAUGAUGACCUCUACGGCACAUCCAAUGCGAUUGAAGAGCCACGCGUUAACGGCAACCUCACGAAUGGCAACGCCGCUCCGUUGAAGAAGCGAACAGUAAUUCACCUCUCCUUGUGCGACUCAAUCCCUGGGUACGGCCCGAUAUCCGACAUGACUUUCUCAGUGGCGAAGAACGGCGACCGCUAUGUUCCGGAGCUUGUUGCCGCUACAGGGUCCGGUUCAUUAGGAGGAUUUACGCUCUGGCAGAGAGAUCUUCCGACACGGAUCAAGCGCAAAAUGCAUGCCAUUGGUGGCGGCCGUGGCAUGUGGUCAAUUCCGGUGCGGCAGGCGGUCAAGGUCAACGGGUCGACCUACGAACGGCCGGCGAAUCCGUUUCACUCGGAGAAUGAUUCAGUGAUCGUCAGCACGGAUGCAAAUCCCUCCCCAGGUCUCUCAAGAAUUGCAAUUCGUAGCGGUCAAGGCGAUAUUCAGAUAACUACUCGAAUACCAGGAACUACCAUAGGAGCUGCUUCUUUCUUCCAGGGCACUGCCAUUCUUCAUGUCAUGUUCAACGUUACGAACGUUAUACGAGUGCUGGAGCCCGAUGGUUCGGAACGACAAAGUAUCAAGGAUUGGGACGGUAACGUUCCUCGACCGAAGAUCAGGUAUUGUAGUAUAUGCGACCCUUUCGUGCUGAUCAUCCGAGAAGACGACUCGAUCGGGCUCUUCAUCGGUGAGAUCGAGCGUGGUAAGAUCAGACGGAAAGACAUGUCUCCUAUGGGUGAAAAGACGUCCAAAUAUCUGGCUGGAGGCUUCUUCACAGACAACACUGGAAUUUUCCAGACGCAAGUCAACACGCAAGCCCCCGGCUCCGAGAACGUGACCUCUACAUUGCAGGCAGCCAUGAAUGCCGGAAACAAGAGCCAAUGGCUCAUACUAUGCCGUCCACAAGGCGUCAUAGAGAUAUGGACACUUCCGAAGCUCUCACUUGCCUUCUCGACCGCUCUGGCCGUCAUGUUGGAGCCCGUUUUGACAGACUCGCUUGAUCCUCCUGCCCCUUCGCUUCCGCAGGAACCCCCUCGCAAGCCUCAGGAACUGGACAUAGAGCAGAUCGUAGUGGCCCCGCUAGGCGAGUCAUCGCCUCGCCUACAUCUCAUGGUGUUCCUGCGCUCUGGACAGCUUGCCAUAUACGAAGCGCUUCCCGCGCCACCGCCGAUCGACCCCCUUCCUGCAAGUCGGGCAUGCACACUCAUGGUCAAAUUUGUCAAAGUGCUUUCCCGAGCGUUCGACAUACAGCACACAGAGGAGAUGGAGAGAUCAGUAUUGGCCGAAGUUAAGAGGAUUACGAGGCAGCUGAUUCCUUUUGUAUCGUCUCCUGCACCUGGGCAGACGUUCUCUGGAGUAUUCUUCACCGGCGAUCACCCAUGCUGGAUCCUGUCGACAGACAAAGGAGGCGUAAGAGUAUUUCCCUCAGGGCAUGCUGUCGUACACGCUAUCACUGCGUCUUCCGUUUGGGAGUCGAGGGGCGACUUCCUUCUGUACUCGGAAGAGGGGCCCAGCCUCAUGGAGUGGAUGUCAGACAUCCAGCUUGACGGGCACCUGCCGUCCAGGGUUGUCCCACGGCCGAGACCAUAUACAAAUGUCAUCUUCGAUUCAUCUACAUCUUUGAUUGUCGCUGCCGCCUCUCGACAAUCCAAGUUUGCCUCGUAUGACGAUGAUGGGAACAUCGUCUGGGAGCCUGAUGCUGGCAAUAUCUCAUUUCCGACUUGCGAAUGUUCUACAUUGGAGCUCAUCACCCCUGACGGUUGGGUUGUGAUGGAUGGCCAUGAGUUCGCCCAAAAUGAGUUCGUCAAUUGUAUCGACUGUGUCACAUUGGAAACUGCAAGCACGGAAAGUGGAGUCAAAGACUUCAUCGCUGUUGGGACGACCAUCAAUCGUGGGGAGGAUCUAGCUAUCACCGGAGCGUCAUACAUUUUCGAGAUCGUAGAAGUCGUACCUGAUCCGAAGUCUGCUCAAAAGCGAUGGCAUAGGCUGAAGCUGAAAUGUCGGGAUGAUGCCAAAGGCCCUGUCACGGCCCUGUGCGGCAUGGACAAUUACUUGGUCUCAUCGAUGGGCCAAAAGAUCUUUGUUCGCGCACUUGAUUUGGAUGAGCGAUUAGUUGGCGUCGCUUUCCUCGACGUUGGCGUUUAUGUCACUUCGCUACGUGCCGUCAAGAACCUUUUGGUGCUUGGAGAUGCCGUCAAGAGCAUCUGGUUCGUUGCUUUUCAGGAGCACCCCUAUAAGCUAGUUGUUCUUGGGAAGGACCCUUAUCAUGCCUGCGUGACUAACGCUGAUCUCUUCUUUGCUGAUAAUCGCGUCUCAUUACUCGUUGGCGAUGAAGAAGGUGUUGUCAGGAUAUUCGAGUAUGAUCCUCAUGAUCCUGAUUCCAGAGGUGGCCAACACCUGUUGCGGCGCAGCGAGUUUCAUGGACAAGUGGAAUCCCGUACAUCAAUACUGAUAGCUCACAGGCCGAACAAGGACAUGGACAUACCCCAAGCCAAGCUUCUAUGCGGCUCCAUCGACGGCUCUUUGAUAUCGUACACAUACGUGGAUGAGACGACCUCGAAGCGGUUACAUCUGCUCCAGGGGCAGCUAACUCGUAACGUGCAACAUGUGGCAGGGUUGAACCCGAAAGCUUUCCGGAUAGUAAGGAACGACUAUGUCUCGAAGCCUCUCUCAAAAGGUAUUCUGGAUGGUAGCCUCUUAGCAACCUUCGAAGAUCUUCCGAUUGUACGUCAAAAUGAGGUUACUCGCCAGAUUGGCACCGAAAGAACGACUGUUCUGAAGGAUUGGCUGCGAUUAUAUGGGGCAUGGUGAUUGUAUGGCGUUUAUUCUUACUGCUGUAUCUAUGAUAAUCGUAUCGUGUUCUCAUCGUUGGCAGAGUGUGGUUGUCCCAAGCGCUUGUAAUCAGGAGCCACCUUGAUGCAACGUUUCCUCUCUAGUUCCGUUCCUCGCGGUUGCCUGCAUUUCCGGAGCUAUUAAUUCUC